CGCGCGUGUCGAACGUGCCAUUUGUAACAGUUGUCCGUUGGCCCACGUUCACUUGUUGCAUUGCUGGCGAGGCAUAUAACUCUUCACAAGUCCGAGUCCAUACUACAUCGUCACAUUUCCUUCCUUACGGAAAUCACAGACUAUCACGUGUUUUAUUUCAUCAGAGAAAACCCUGCCUGGUCUCUACCAUAUCAAACAUGAACAACGAAGUCAUUAGACCAGUCAUGAUAGGCCACUUUGGCCUCCGCACCACCCCCGAGCGCUUUGAGGCCAUGAUCAAGUGGCACGUUGACUUCUUCGGAGGUCGGGUCGUUCUAAAGAAUGAGAAAGCUGCUUUCAUCGCCUACGAUGACGAACACCAUCGCCUAGUCAUCGUUCAAGAUCCCGGCCACGCAGUGAUCAGCAACAAACACUCCGCCUCUGGAAUCUAUCAUAUUGCCUUUACUCUCAACAGCUUGGCUGAUUUGGUAACGAGCUACGAGCAGAAAAAGGCUAAAGGCAUUGAGCCUCACUGGCCAGUCAAUCAUGGGAUGAGCACGAGCAUGUACUACUUUGAUCCUGAUGGCAACGAGUUCGAGCUCCAGGUUGACAACUUCGCUACGGCAGAGGAGGCUCAUCAGUUCAUGGCGACAGCGGAAUACGCCCAGAACCCGAUUGGUGUGGACAUUGAUAUUGAGGAGUUUACGCGAAGGGUGACGAGUGGUGAAGAUGAGGCGAGCAUUAAAAAGCGGCCGAUCAUUGGACAGCGACUAUCCAGAUGGGAGAACUCGAUCUACUUUAAAGCUCCGGAACUGGUGGAGGGCUAGAUAGUUCCCAACCCUGCAGUCAUGACAACAGGUUGUUUGGGACUAAAGGGUGAC